AUGGCUGAACAGACGGAGCGCGCUUUUCAGAAGCAGCAGGGAGUCUUCCUCUGCGGCGACUACUCAGCGAAGAAGAAGCUGAGGACCCCGGGCAAGGCGGGUAACCGUUACUACAAGAACGUGGGGCUGGGCUUCAAGACGCCCCGCGAGGCCAUCGAAGGCACGUACAUCGACAAGAAGUGUCCGUUCACGGGCAACGUGUCGAUCCGCGGGCGCAUUCUGUCGGGCACGGUGCUGUCGACCAAGAUGAACCGCACCAUCACCAUCCGCCGCGACUACCUCCACUUCGUGCGCAAGUACCAACGGUACGAGAAGAGGCACUCGAACCUGUCGGCGCACGUGUCGCCGUGCUUCCGCGUGAAGGAGGGGGAUCAGGUCAUCGUGGGGCAGUGCAGGCCGCUGUCGAAGACGGUGCGAUUCAAUGUGCUCAAGGUGAUUCCACAUGGCUCUGAUGCCAAGACCAAGAAGGGAUUCAGCGGCAUGUAA